AGCAAUACCAUUUACGCCAGACCAGUAUUUGCAAUGGGGCAUGCAACUUCAUGAACACGGAGAGUUAGAAAAGGCAACGUACUAUUGGCGAUUAUCGGCCGAGACAGAAUCACCACUGGGUCUGUUCUUUUACGGCAUUGCGCUCCGACACGGCUGGGGCUGUAAAAAGAAUCCUGCGAUCGCUGUACGCUAUUUGCAGAAAGCUGCAGAAUGUGCAGUCUAUGACCUACAAACCGGCAUCGCCAAAUCCACCGCUAUUGCCAAAUCCGAAUUGAUCCUUGCUAUUUACGAGCUUGCCAUCAGUUUUCGCCAUGGGUGGGGUGUACCAAAAAACCUGGUUAUGGCAUCCUAUUACUUUGAAAUAGCCGCCAAUAUGGGCGAUCCAGAUGCACAGAACGAUUUGGCAUUUUGUUAUUCCCAUGGCCACGGUGUGAAGAAGGAUUUGUACAAGGCGGCCCUGUAUUACCGCAUGGCCGCUAGACAAGGUCAAGGGAUCGUUGGUAACUCGUGGAUUUGGAAAGACAAGUACAGUAUUGUUGACCGCGAAGGCUGGAGCGGCAUAAGCAACAACGAAAUUCCCAACUGUAGCAACUUUAAGAACGAUACCGAUAGCAGCAGCAAUAGCAGUAGUAGCAACAACAACAACAACAAUAAUACGAACACAUCAGCAAACCUUUCUUUCCCUUCUUCUUCUCAUAAUCUGUAAAUACUUACGACACACACACACACACACUCUCUCUCUCUUGUUUGCAUUUCCUUUCUCUUUGUCUGCACAUCAUCAUUUACCAUCACACACACUUCUUUCUUUCCUAGCUAAUAGUAAUGAAUAGCUGUUUAUAUAUGUAGUACAUAGUAUGUCAGUACUCUUCAUAUACAUAUUCAGGCACUGCUAUCACAUGCAUCAUCUUCCGUUUUAUCACGCAACAUCACAAAGUACGCAUAAUAUACAUAUAUAUAUAUAUAUUCAUCUUUGCACAUAAAAGCAUUUUCUUG